CACAACUCAUACUCAAGUAGAAGUACUUGUACAAGUAAUUGUCUAAGAAAAAAAACUCUGCUAGAAGUAUCAUUUCAAAUUAUUAUUAGGUCCAGAAUAGACGGAAUUCCCUGACAAAGCUAUACAAUUUCAACAAUAACAUACUGGGAGUGAGAUUAUAGCUGUUUAUUCAAUCAAUGCAUAGAGCUGGUGAAAAAAAACAUAUAGGACAACUUUGUUUACUAUAAAUGAAAAUGUUUUUAUUAAUACAUAAGUAUUAGUUCAUUUUAGCUCAGUGCCCCACAGGUGCUGGAUAACAGACCAUAUUAGCCUAUACAGUCGCAUCUUUAUCAAGGGAACCUUUAGCCUAAUAAUUUAAUUAAUUUGAUCAUGAUGCAUAUGGACAGCAGUUUAGCCAACUGAUGCGGACAAAAUAACAUCACCUAGUCAGCCAUUAGAAUAGUUAGCCGAAGUUUCAUUUGGGAACUAUGCUGGCUACAGUAACAAUGCCAAAUAGCUUAUGCUGCGCUAUUAGACGCUGAGUGAUGAGCAGCAGUAGGUGAUGGUCUCACUUUAUAUAGCGAUUAUGAUUAUCUUAUAUCAUUAUUAUGAAGUGACCAUAAUCAUCGUCAUUAUGGCAUGGCAUCCUACCUCACUGCUCCCUCCCUACAACUGCCUGUUGAGCUACUGCUCACUCUGCCCCUCGGCCCUGUCAGGGUCCCUCUGUCUCUCUCUGCUCCACUGUCACGCGGCUCUUAAUUGAACCUUCGGCUUCUGACACGAGAAACAGAGGGGGGGGGGAGUAAGAGAUGUGAUUGGGCCAGUCUAGUGGCAGUAUAGAAAAUUAACUGUGCUGCUUCCUGUCCCUGCUUAAUGGGCCGGUCGUUGGCCCAUUUAUUUUUUUAAAUAAUGAAUAAAUAAAUAAUUUUAAUUAUAUAGGCCUCAAGGUGUGGCUUGGCCCACCAGGCAAAUGACCAGUAUGCCAGAUUACCAGUCUAGCCCUGGCUGGGGGAGAGAGAGCAAGAUGGUGUCACUGUGCAAAUAGAUGGUUGAAUUUGGACACACAUGAAGAACAGGAAACACCCAGUGUGUGGACCUGCGACUGAUGUCAUAGGUCUGCUGGCCUGUGACUUCUGAGAUCCUGACCAUCUCUCUGUGUAUGUUCAAAGGUGAAGGUCUGAUUUGUAAGUGUUUGGCGAUGAUGAUUAUAAAUGACAAAGUUAUUAUUUUUGGUGGGAUUGUACACAUGUAAAAACUAAAAGGUAGAAGCCUGAUUCAGGUAGACCUAAAGCCUAUGGGGCUUUAAAAUAAAUAUUUUUUGUUGUGCAUAUGAAGGAACAAUUUAAAGAUAAACACCUAAUUCCAGGCAAGUGUUGUUGGAUUUUAAAAUACUCGUAACUGGGUGUAUGGCCUUUGUAAAUUGUAAAUAUGAAGACACAGCUGUUGGGAAUUUUAGAUUCAGUUGUAUGGGUGGAAAUGACAGUUUGCUUCCUCAUGCUCUAAUGAUGGUUCGUCCAUGUUGCGCGCCGAAGCGCCGUCCCUCGCAGUCCCCCCUCUCCGUGGCUCUCGCCGAGCCUCCUCUGUUUAAAUGGGCCAAGUUGAGAAGCGGCGGAGAGUGCAAAUCUUGUUUGGUCUAGGUCUGUGAACUUCAGCGUGACUUCAACGACAUACACAGGGGUUAAAAACAACUCUUUCCAAACUUCCAAUUGUAUAAAUGUUGCGCAAAUAGGCAUAGGCUACUGCUCAAGAAUAUCAAUCCUGCUACGUUUGGCUUAUGUUUGUGAGUAAUGCCAUAUGCCACAUUGGUGUGAGUAACAGGAGAAAUGCUCUAUUAUCAAUUUCUUUUUUUAUUAUCUUCAUUGGCUGUGACAUUGUAUCUUGACCAGAUGUAAACUCUCAUUAUUGGAUCGAUGUGCGUUGUUUUUUAGGGCUGCACAGCCGAUUUAAUAUUCUGCCUUUACACAGUGAAUAUAUAAAAAAACAAAAGACUCCAACUUCUAAUUUCUCCAAGGGCAAAGAAAUAAGAGACAGGGCGCGUAGCUUCGACUGGUAAUGAUCACCGUAGGUAUAAUGUCUGGGGCUCAGGUCUACCCAGCAUGUCAGGUAUUAACAGAGCGAGUGUGAUUAAAUGUGGGAGGUAGGAGCUGUGAGGCUGGUGGAGAGCGCUGCUGCCGCUGCGAGCUGCAAACUACUGAAUGGGAAUCUAUCCGGCAACUUCACCACACCGCUGUCUCACGGCGACACGGGGGCUCUGCGUAAAACUAAGCGGCGCGUCUCCAAGUCUGGGUCAGCCCAACUCACAGGCGGAGAGGACGCUCAAGUUGGAUCGGGCGAGCAGCUUUUCACUUGUUACCGGCGCUCGGCUCCCACUAACAUGCCUGCCAUCAAAAAGGAGAGGCUGGAUGGAGACGACAUGGCAUUGACCGCGUUCAACCAGUCCGAAUACCUGGCCCCUUUAAAUGCAGCUGCUAUCCCCGUGGUGACCCCGCAUCCGCCGCCUUACGACCACAUUUUCGCCCAUCACCGCGCGUACUUGGGGCUUCACGACUCGGCGCUGCAUCACCAGCACCUCCACCAUCACACGGACGACUUAAUGCUGGAGAGGUUCUCCUCCAUCCCCGACUUUCAGCCCUUCUUCGACAACGGGGAGCCGUGCAUCGAGGUGGAGUGCGGAGAAAACAAGGCACUGCUUUAUAUCAAUAAACUGUGUCAAGGUAGUAAGGGACCCUCAAUUAAAUACAGGGGCGAGUGGCUCACCCCCAAUGAGUUCCAGUUUGUCAGUGGACGAGAGACUGCCAAAGAUUGGAAACGGAGUAUUAGACACAAAGGGAAAAGUCUCAAGACUCUUAUGUCCAAGGGAAUCUUACAGGUGCACCCUCCAAUCUGUGAUUGUCCCGGUUGUCGAAUUUCAUCUCCAGUGAACCGCGGGCGCUUGGCUGAGAAACGCACCAUCCCCCUGCCUCCCAACCGGGUCCCCAAGAAGGAGCUGGCCUCCAUCUUCAGCAGUGACGACAGUGAAGGCAGCGAGCGGGCCAGUGGGGAUCAUGCCCACAUCAAACAGGAGGACGAGUUGCAUUACAGUAUCAUGAGAAAGAGUCGUGACAGUGACCUCUCUACAAUCAUCUCCAACCUGCACCACACCAGACAGCACGGCAUGCCCGAGGGCCAGUCAGCCUCUGACCAUAACACCAGUACUGGACACACAGAUGACCUUCUAGGCAAGAGGAGAAGCUUCUCUCCCAACAGCAGCAGUGAGUGUCCCUCUGACAGCAAGAAGUCACGUAGCGUAUCCCCCAAAGAGAACUCCCAGAGCCCAGUGGUAGAGGCAGGCGGCAGCCACGGCCACAUGAGCCCUGAGGAGCACUACAGGCGCAUGAUGUCAGCGCUCAGCGAGCAAGGAUCCUAUGAGGAACAGCAGCAACGCCUCUACCAGCUUGCGAGCAGCAUGGGUCUGCCUGGCCACGACAUGCUGCGUGCUCGUCAGGAGGCGUUGGCUGCAGCGGUGAGGAAUCCGGCGGCCUUAGAAGCUCACCUGCCCUCGGCGGGAAGCUCCUCUUCAUCCAGCCAGAGACGCAAGCAGGGUCUGCCGCAGCACCGAGACGCACAUUACACCGACAGAGAACUUUCCCACCCUCCACCCCUACUGUCCCCUCCAACAGCCCCUCACAUCGCCUUAGGACCUCACCUGCGGCCUCCUUUCCUGGGCAUGCACUCAGCUCUUUGCCAGGCCCCUGGUUAUGGUUUCCUUCAACCAGCUCAAGCAGAGAUCUUUGCCCGGCAACAGGAGAUGUUGAGGAAGCAGAACCUGGCCAGACUUGAGAUGUCGGCGGAACUGCUGAGACAGAAAGAGUUAGAAAGUCUCCACCAGCGACAACAGCAGCAGCGUCUUAUGGGCUCCGACCCUCUUGGAGCUCUACCUCCUGGCCUUCCCCCCGACCAUCCAGCCCUGCGGAGCCUCCACGACAUCCCAGAGGGCCAUCCGCUCCGUGAGGAACUGGCUCGCCGCUCAAGUGCAAUGCUGGUUCUUCGUCACGGGGCCGCCACGCCCCUCUUAUCCCUCAACCACCAUCACCAGCAGCAACAACCAGGGGGGCCCUCCACACCCAAAGACACCCUGGCACAGAGCUCCACCUCUGGGCAAGAUGCUGAAUCCAGAAAGGCCCCCCGCAGGGGGCCCCAGACACAGCUUCGUGCUGGGGAUCACACAGGAGGAAGAGAGAACAGAGGAAGGGAGGAAGACAGGGAGAUGCAUGAUGAGGAGAUGAAGGACUCUGACAGUGAGACAGAGAUGUGUGAGGAGAGGCAGGACAGUGUCAGUGCCAAGUCCAGCAAUAAACCCAGGGACAGGGAGAGAGACAGUGGUAAAGAGACUGGCAGCAAGGGAGUGUGUGAUGCCAAGGAGACUGGAGAGAGCUCAGGCAGGCUGAGCCCCCCUUCUAGUUCAGCAGGUACAGAGUCACCCAGCCGCCACCUCUUCACCCCUGUACUGGGCAAGGCUGAUGUCAAGUACCACCUGCCACCUGGGUUUAUGCCACCACUGCCUGCUCUUCACGCCCAGUCGUUGCCCUUUGGAUUCCCCUACGCCAACCCCUACUUUCACACAGGCUCUAUGGGAGGUCUUUUCAUGGAUGGGGAGGACUCAGCCACUGCAAACCCUGUGGAGGACAUCAGCAAGUGGAGUGUGGAGGACGUGUGUGGCUUCAUAAGCAGCCUGGCCGGAUGUGCUGAAUACACACAGGUGUUUCGGGAGCAGGCCAUUGAUGGAGAGACAUUACCGCUGCUCACUGAGGAGCACCUGCUCAACACCAUGGGACUAAAGCUGGGGCCUGCGCUCAAGAUCCGCACACAGGUGGCGCGGCGUGUUGGCAGACUUUUCUACAUGACUGGAUUCCCGCUGGCGUUCCCGUUUCCGCCUUCUGCCAUACUGCGCCCCCCAGAGCGGGAUCGGGACCCUCUGACCACGCCAUCUGACACCCCUUUGCCCUCGUCUCUGUCACUGCCCCACAGACCCACCUCCACCAGCAGCAGCUCCUCUCCUUUCAGCGGGCCCACCCCAGGGUGCUCUUCCCCCAAGCAGGAAAACGGCUCCAUGGUGGUGGGAAGAUACGAGGCCAAAACUCCUUCGUAGGAGUGGACAGGCAGGGGUGAGGAGGACAGACCUGCGUCUAACUAACCAGAGGGGGGUGGGGGGGUGGGGGGCAGAGAGAUUGACUCCCCCACCUUGGGACCUUUACGCUGAAAUUUAUGGGAAAAUAUUGGACUGGAAUAAAAGACAACUGGACGAUAUGGACCAUAUCCGACAAACAAAUCAGCAUCUGAGUUCCUCUGCAGUGGCUGUAGCCGAGCAGAAUCCAAACAAACUGGGUUGGAAGGGAGACGUGAAGAGACAGAGGAAGAGAAAAAGGAGGAAAAGGAGACAGCUGGUCACAGACAGCCUGCCAAAAAAAAAAAAAAAAAUAAAGGGAGCAAAGCCCUGCCACAAAUGCAACAUUCUUGCAAGUUAGACAGUCAGACGCUAGCGGAAACUCUUCCUUCCUUCCUGGGCUGGAGGAAGCUCGGCUCACUCUCUUGUCUCCGUCUCUGACUGCUCUCACCACAAGCCCUGCAGAACACAGGAAUUAAAAAGAGACGCCUCUCCCCCUUUUUCUCUCCCUUCCUUCUCCUUGCCUGUUUCCCGAGGCCAAACGUCUUUUUUAGAUGCUGGAGUUGAAGCAUAUGCUGAGCAGCACCAGAUCUGACCAGCUCCCUCUUUAUCACUGCAACUAUGCAUUCCACUGUCCCGAUACCAAAGAUGACCGGAUGUGUGGAAUUGUCUACUUCUUUUUGCAUUAUUGGUCUCAGAGAAAGACUGGUCCAACAGGGAAAUGCUAGGCUAGUGCCUCAGAUGGUGGGACUUGUAAUUGAGGUGACACAGGUAGAGCUGUCAUUUACUGACAAACAGACGCUUAAAAAUGUUGGUGAAACCGAGAAGCCUCAAUGGCGGCCAUGAUGUGUACGACUUACGCCAUUGUACACUUGUGUUGUGACUACUGUGGGAGGUAGGAAAACCAUGCAAAAUUGUACAGAAUCAUGCUUAAGGUGAAAAUAUCCUGAAGGUUACACAUACGUGGUACUUUUACUUUUUGUUAAAUGUAGUUGCACGAAUAAGGUUUUUGUUACUGAAAAAUGUGACUUGCUGAACUUUGGUGGUACUUUUGUUCAUACUUUGUUUUGUUCUGCAAUUUUUUUUUUUUUCAAAAAAAGUGUAAUAUUAAGACGCUCCAAUCUUGAAUGCUACUUCAGCAUAUAAAUAUGAGGAAAAAGAUAUUUAUAGGACUUUUGAUGUAGUAGAUAAAGAUUAUGAUAUGUAUUAUUAUAAUUAGCCCUUACAAUGGAUUCCAAAGAUACUUUUACUUUUUUUUCCUCUUGGUUGCAGGGAAAAGAAAGGCACAAAGCUCUUAAUGCAAAUGUUUUUGAAUUUGUUAUGGAUUUUUUUUUUUUUUUUUUUUUUUUAACUACACAAGCAAUUAAAGAAUGGUCUCUAGAUUUCCCUUCAAAAGUUUUGUCUUCAUCCUAUUUUUCUAUUCACCACACAGGUGAAAUAAAUCUUAAGAAAUU